AUGUCUAGACUGAGGGGUGCCGCUCGUGAGUGGGCCAGGCAGCUGUGGUCUGACAAGGGAACUGUGCUGAACUCGGUUAAGGUGUUCGAGGACCUCAUGAGAGCAAAAUUUUCACAGAGACCAAAACCCACUGUGAUCAUAAAUCCUGAUAAUCACGUGUUUAGAGGAGAGACUGUUACUCUCACAUGUAAUAUAGAGAAUAGAGGAGGUGUCCAGAACUGGAGGUACAGCUGGAAUAAAGAUGGUUAUGUCAAAAGUGAAAAUUAUUACAUUAUCAAUAAUGUUCACCAGAAGCAUGCAGGUAAUUACACCUGUACAGGAACAGAGACAGGAGGAUCACGUUCCUCACACCCCAGUGAUGCUGUUCUACUGACUGUAUCAGCAAAACCCAAACCAACUGUGAGAUCAGAACCUGAGAACUUCAUCUACACUGGAGACACCGUUACUCUGACCUGUGAUCUGAAUCAGUCUACAGGAUGGACUUUCAUCUGGUACAGAAGUGAUCAGGAAGUAAAUCCUCAGAUCUCUGCAGAUAAAAUCACCACCAACAAACUCAGUGAGAAACUUUAUUAUACAGGAACAACAAAGUACAAAUGUAGAGCACGAAGAGAAAACAACAACCACAAAUACUACGACUCAGAGUUCAGUGAUCCAGUUACUGUUACAGUUGAAGAGAGACCAAAACCCACUGUGGCCAUCUAUCUUGAUAAUCACGUGUUUAUAGGAGAGACUGUUACUCUCACAUGUAACAUAGUGAAUGGAGGAGGUGUCCAGAACUGGAGGUACAGCUGGAAUAAAGAAGGUUCAGACCAAACUGUCAGUAAUGAUCAGCAGUACAGAAUCAGUUAUGUUACAGUAGCUGAUGCAGGUAAAUACACCUGUACAGGAACAGAGACAGGAGGCUCACGUUCCUCACACCCCAGUGAUGCUGUUCUACUGACUGUAUCAGCAAAACCCAAACCAACUGUGAGAUUAGAACCUCAGAACUUCAUCCACACUGGAGACACCGUUACUCUGACCUGUGAUCUGAAUCAGUCUACAGGAUGGACUUUCAUCUGGUACAGAAAUGAUCAGCGUGUAAAUCUUCAGAUCUCUGCAGAUAAAAUCACCACCAACAAACUCAGUGAGAAACUUUCUAAUACAGGAACAACAGAGUACAAAUGUGUAGCUCGAAGAGGAAAAUACUACAACUACGACUCAGAGCUCAGUAAUACAGUUACUGUUACAGUUUUAGUGAGACCAAAACCAGUUGUGAUUAUAGAGCCUGGUGAUCAUGUGUUCAGUGGAGACUCUGUUACUCUCACAUGUAACAUAGAGAAUGGAGGAGGUGUCCAGAACUGGAGGUACAGCUGGAAUAAAGAAGGUUCAGACCAAACUGUCAGUAAUGAUCAGCAGUACAGAAUCAGUGAUGUUACAGAGAAUCAUGCAGGUAAAUACACCUGUACAGGAACAGAGACAGGAGGCUCACGUUCCUCACACCCCAGUGAUGAUGUUCUACUGACUGUAUCAGGUGAAUCUUCUUCAGUUUCUCUGAUCAUCAGUCCCAGCAAAACUCAACACUUUACUGAUGAAUCUCUCUCACUGAGCUGUGUGGAUCAGAGUAAAUCUACUGAAUGGAGAGUAAAAAGUUCCAUUCAGAAAAAUGAUGGACGAGGAGUGUUAGACUGUUCAUCAGUAUCAGAAUCAGCUGGAGAAUCUACAUGCAACAUCAGCUCCCUCAGCACAUCCCACACUGGAGUGUACUGGUGUGAAUCUGAAUCUGGAGGCAGCAGUAAUCCUGUCAACAUCACAGUACAUGAUGGUGACGUAAUUCUGGAGAUUCCUGUCCAUCCUGUGACUGAAGGAGAAUCUCUGACUCUACACUGUUUAUAUCGCAAAACUAAACCCUCAAACCUCCGAGCUGAUUUCUAUAAAGAUGGAUCAGUGGUGCAGAACCAGACCUCAGGAGAGAUGAUGAUCCAUCAAGUCUCAAAGUCAGAUGAAGGUUUCUACCACUGUAAAUACCCAGAGGGAGGAGAAUCACCAAAGAGCUGGGUGUCAAUCAGAGUGUCAGAAGCUUCGUUAUCAGUGCUGAAGAUGAUCAGUAGUGCUGUGGCAGCUUUUCCGUAUCUGCUGUCCACCAUCAUCCUGGUGAAAUGUUACAGAGCUCGAGCUGUAACUGGUGAGAUUAAACUGGACGCAGUGGUUGAGGCUGAAACUUCCAUCUGA